AUGAGCACUCAGCUCAAUGAUCUCACUAGACGCAUAUACGCUAUUGGCAUCCCCAAGGAGGGAGACUUCCUCACCAUACUAAUGCUCAAUGCCAUGAGCAAGGAUCUCCCACAUGUGCGCAACCAUGUUGCUGACGUCAUCACCAUUAGCACCUCUUCUGCCCCUUACAGCCCUUCCAAAAUAUGCUCUCAUCUCAAACUUGAACAAUAG